CACAGCCCCCACGCCCCUCACUCCUCCCUCCCUCGUCCGCCUCCACGCUCCCUCCCUCCUCCCUCCUCUUCCUCCUCCCUCGUCUCCACGGCCUCUGCCCUAGGAGCCCCACCGCCGACAGCUACUCCACCACCACACCCCUUCCUCCUCCUCGCCUUCCCAUCGCUCGUGCACAGGUCGCUGUUCUGGCAGAUCAGGGACAGUGCUGGGUCGUCAAGAUGGGGUGGUUACGAAGGCUUCCCAGCCCAACGAUGUUGUCAUGGGAGGAGGCUCACCAUCGAAGAGUAGCCCGAUGUAGCCGCAGGUGCACAGCAUCCAAAGAGGUGCAGCCGGGAGGAGGUAAGGAUAAGUCGCUUGAUUUACAAGAGCAGAGCAGCGGAUUGGAUCGAGGGGGCCUGCAUGUCCACGCCGCCUAGAGUCACCCUGACUGUCGUCUCAAGCUGCAACCGCGAGUCAACUACACCACUGCCGCCAGGAAUCCCAUCCCCAGCAAGGGAAGUUCAGUGACAUAAAGACACAUGAGAUAUUCAGUUAUGUUGAUUGGGGAAAUUAAUGAUCAUUCAGUCAACAAAUGGGGCAGUAUUCUGAUCUUAUUUCAUCUCAUGCAUUGAUUAUUUAUUGUCUUCUUUGCAAACAUAUUUUAUUAAUUAUUCAUAUAUACUUGUUGUAUCUUUGUACUGCUGUUUUUAAAAAUUGCCAUAUCCUAUGUGCUUGUUUCCAUAUCGACGUAUAUGUGUUGUUAUAUGGUGCUUCAUAGCAAAAACUUAUACUUACUAAAGAAAGUGUUCCUUUUGUUGGUCCCAUUGCUCCAUAAGCAUGAUCACGUUUCUACUAAUUGAUUAUACAUAUGAUCUUUCUUUUGAUUAUUUUGCGAUACUUCUGAUUGACACUAUGAGGUGCUUCCUUGUCAUGCAGAUUCAUCCUUUACUUAAAUACUGAUGAUGAUAUGGUUGUAAAUUAGUCUGGGAUGGCAAGGCAGCUUGAAGGUGGUCACGGCCAUCUCGCAGAGAUGGUGCAAGCUGUCAAGAAUCACGGUGCCGGGGCACUGCACUUCACCGACGGGUGCAAGAUGGUGGAAGUGUGUGAGUACCUGUUGAGGAUGUCCAGGUGGACGUGGAUGUCGUUGACCAAGCAGAGAGGAAUCACCGCUGCCGACCUCCUCCCUCCUAUAGCGACGGAGGCGGACGCCGGGUUGGGUCGGACGCCCACGUGGAAGGAGCGGGAGAACAACAAGCGGCGCGAGCGCCGGCGCCGGGCCAUCGCCACCAAGAUCUUCACCGGCCUCCGCGCGCUCGACAGCUACAAGCUCCUCAAGGAGCUCUGCCGCGAGGCCGAAUGGGUCGUGGAGGAUGACGGCACCACCUACCGCAAGGGAUACAAGCAGCCGUCGUCCGGGCCGUUCGGUGGGGUCUCGUCGGUGGGCAUGAGCCCUUGCUCGUCCUCGCAGCUGCUCGGUGCAUCGUCGUUCCUGAGCCCGGUGCCUUCCUACCACCCCAGCUCGGCGUCAUCCAGCUUCCCGAGCCCCACGCGCCUCGACAACCCCAGCCCCGCCUACCUCUUCCCAUUCCUCCGUGGCCUCCCCAACCUGCCCCUGCUCCGGGUCUCCAACAGCAGGGGGUGAAGCAAACACUUAUUGGGAGAAUUACUUCUGCGGUAAGCCGGAGUGUGACGUCUUCUCACGGGCUACUGUCAUCAAUCAAGGUGGUCAUUGUCUAUAUCAAGCUUGACGAGUACUUCCUGAAGGCUGAUUUCUACUCCCGCCGCGUUGCUGACCAAGGCCCCAUCUACGUGGGAAGCUGCUAUUUUUUUUGAUAGAUUGGCAAUGAAAUGCUUGGAUAGGAGAAAAGAAAUCGGAAGAGCAUGAGAUAAGAUGUUGAGGACCUAAAUAAUGCACACACAUUUACAUAUUUCAUGUGAUGGUAGUAUGUCGUCGUAGUUUUUGUGUUGGUUGUCCUACUGAAUGUUCCUGUCAGUCCUAACUCAUCACAUCACUCUCAAAUUUCAGUCAUGCUUGGAGCUUUUAUCUCUAACUCUACAAAAUCAGAAAGCAUGUCUAAAGCUCAAGAUUUUGCCUAUUCUCUAAGAUGGAUGAUGAUGAGCGGUGCAACCGAAAAUUCAGAGCUGGGCUUUACACACUUCAGUGGGAAUAGCAUGACAACACCAAGGUAGAGACCUAAAGGGAAGCAAGGGAAUGGACCAAGGAAACUAGAACUGUGUUGUCAUGAUGUGGGUCGUGUCGUCUUCGUCCAUCUCCAUGGAGGCAUAUAUACAUAGGUUAGGUAUAGGAAAGGAGACCGUCUCCAUGGAACUCUGACUGAUGUGUAAUGUCCUCAUAGGACUGGACCGUUUACAGAGGGAGUACUUGAAAAUAGAUUCUUUAUAUAUUGUUUGGUUCCAUCAGCCGCAUAACCUAAAUUAGCAAUUUGGUAU